AUGGCAUCCUCUCUGAUGAGAAGUUUCGUGUCCUUUACCAAGUCUUGGCACAACGAUACUUACCCGGCCAUCUCACCCACUCGCCCGGAGCUUUCGGCCGCUGGGAAGAACGUUGUCAUCACGGGCGGAGGCACAGGCAUUGGAAAGGCUGCCGCGAUCGCCUUCGCUCAGGCCGGAGCCAAGUCGGUUUCGAUUGUUGGGCGCAGGCUCGAUCGCCUCCAGACUGCCGGGCAGGCAGUCUCAGAAGCCAACUCCUCGACUCAAGUCGUUUUGCAGACAGGAGACAUCACCGACCGCGCGUCUAUCAAUGCGGCUUUGGAUGUGAUUGUGACCAAGGUCGGCACCAACAUUGACAUCUUCGUCAGCAACGCUGGGAUGCUUCCGAUAGAGGCCCCGGUAGUCGGCUACCCAGAGGCAGAGUUCCGGCGAGCUUUCGAAAUCAACACCAUGGGCACUUUCCACGCCCUGCACGCGUUUACCCCGUUGGCGGCCCCUGGUGCAAAGUUCCUGUACACAGCAUCUUCCAUCGGUCACUGGGCUCCUCUGCCGGAAGUGCCCGGAGUGUGGAGCUACGCAGCCUCCAAGGCAGCGGCACUGAAGAUGGUUGACUACUAUGCUUUCGAACACCCAGAAAUCCACGUUGCGAGCUUCCACCCAGGCAUCGUUGGCACCGAGAUCAACCCGAACAUCCCCAUUGGGCUAGACACGGUGGAGUUGCCUGGACAUUUUGUUGUGUGGCUUGCGUCGGAUGAAGCUGCAUUUUUGAGAAAUAAGCUGGCUUGGGCAAACUGGGAUGUGGAUGAACUCGUGGCUCGUGCAGAGGAAAUCCGGACGUCGUUUCUGCUAAGGGUGUCUCUGAACGGUGUAGACAUGUAG